AUGUCUGUGUCAAGUGCUGAACGAAAAUGUAAUGAAGAAGGUGAUGGUCAUAAGCUUGAUUUCAUGAUCUCUGUAGACAUAAAUGGUGACGCUGAUAAAUUUGAAACAUUAUAUGGAUUAUUUAAACGUUUCUGUCAAGAAAACCAUGUAUUUCUGAUUCUUGAAUAUGGAGCUAUGGAGAAAUUUAUAAACAUCUUAGAAAGUGUACCAGAUUUACCAAAAAGUAUGUGUCAAGGGUUUGUAAUUCCUCCUAUUACUGUGGCACAUGCUUUAAUUUAUCUUCACCAUAAAAAAAUAAUCCGUCGAGAUAUUAAGCCUGAAAAUCUUUUAUUGGGUCUAAACAAUGAUCUUAAAAUAGCUGACUUUGGUUGGUCAGUACAUGCUCCUGAGAUGGUUGAUAGUCUAAUUCAUGGUUCAAGGGCUGACUUGUGGAAUCUCGGAGUUUUAUGUUAUGAACUGUUGUUUGGUACAGUUCCAUUUUCAGGACCAGGUGGUUGCAAAGUAAAAGAUCUAAGUGAUGCGACCUCUUCAUCUGCAAAUACCAAUAUUGGUUCUUUGUUGCCUAGUUUAGCAUCAAGUUCUUUAACUAUACAAGAGCAAGCUCAAGAUAUAUAUGAAGAAAAUGAGAUCCUGUCACUACAAUCGGAACUAAGUGAGGACUUUCCUAUAAACGGUGGAAAUGAUUUUUAUGACAAUAUUUCUAGUGAAAAUCAAAAUACAAAUAGAACAAAUCAAGAGUUUGAUGAGCAAGUGUAUGAUGGAAAUGAGAAGCAAAAUUACUACUCUGGAGAUACAGGGCCAUAUUUUCCAAACUUUACUAUAUUUUUGUUAUUUUUAUGGGUUACAAAACAUCAAAUAGGUUUAGAAGCAUACAAAGAUUUUGCAAAUAUUUGCCACGCUGUUACCCUCAACAAUCGCAACAUGCCAUCCACUUUUAAAUCCGUUGGUCAAACUUUAAUUUUUCCUUUAAAAAACAUUCUUCAUUGUGUACUAUCAAAUCCACAGUUGUGUAAGAACAUGUAUUUUGGCCCAGGUAUACACAGUGAAAACGGGCAUGAAUUAUGGCAUGGAGACCUUUGGCAAAAAUCACCAUUAUUUGGUGGGAAAAAUAUCAAAUUAAAUCAUGUGGUUUACAGUCUUGGUGAUUUCAUCAUGUAUUAUGACACACAUGCAAACAACAAAACAUACUAUAGUAGAAUCAUAUUGAUACCACACAUUGAUGAUUCCCAAGAUAUUUAUAUUAAAAUUGAGUGUAUUCUUGAAUUUAAUUCAUUACCUUCAGUGCUAAAAUCCAAGCAGAGAAAAGUUGCUUCUUAUCCUCCACAUGGUCUGCCAGUACUUAAAUUUUUUCUAGACAUUUAUAUUGACAAGUUUGGUCCAUUUCGUAAUGCAUAUCAUGCCAUUGGUGGCAUUUAUUUACAGAUUGGCAAUAUGAAACAAGUUCUUCAUCAAAAGCUCAAAAACCAUUUUCUUCUUGGGUUUAUUCCUUUCACAGCCACAAGUGAUAAAGUACUUCAACCCCUUAUUGAUGAUAUUCAAGAACUUGAACAUGGGUAUAAACUGAAAAUUAAUAAUCAACAUGUAUGGGUUACAGGUGGAUUGGGAGUAUUACUAGUGAUUUACCAGAAGACUACAUUGCAGUUUGCUGCUAUGAAUGAUGCUCAGACUCAAAUUGAACAGGAUUUCCUUGCAACAGAAUAUGAUGAAUUUUUGAAAAUUUGGCACAACUUUGAAUUUCCUUCAACUUGGGCCCGUCAACAAAAUCCAAUUACCCAUUUAGGUUCAUACUUCUUUUCUGAUUAUCUUCAUCUAAGUAUGAUAAUGCCAUUUCUUAUUAAUCGAGCAAUAUCUACUACCAUGUUAAAUAAGGCAUUCAUUGAACAUUUGAUCACAUCAUGUGCCACUACAAAAAAACAUACAGUAGAUCAAUUGUUAAGUUUAUGUGUAUCUUUUUCUAAAAUGGCAUUUCUAGUAUUUCGCAAAGAACUUUCUGAGACUGAUUAUAAUAAUCUGCAACAAAGUAUAAUGGCAUGGGCUGUACAGGUUACAAAAGCCAUUAUUCCUCAUUCUAACAAAAAAAAUAUUGAGCUAGAUUUUGUAUGUUGUGAUAACUGCCUGCAAACCUUACGAUUUUUACUAGAUGGUGGUGUUGAUGAAAGAUAUGAUUACAUUUCACCAUCAACAAUUGAUUUAGACCAAGAAGAUAAUUCAUCAUCACCUUCACAAAUAACAUGUAUGAAUGAAAAUUAUAUUAAUCAUGAUCUACAAACUGCUGACCUUGAAAAUACUCUUAAUGAUGAUUUAUUUGCAGAAAUUGGGUAUGCAUAUCAAGAACAACUUAAUUGUAUUGAACAUCUUGCAUCACAGAAAGUAAAAUACUUUAAAAGUAUUAGUUAUACCAUAAUUGAUGAUGAUGAUUGGAUUGAUGUAAAUCUUCAUGUUGGUGAUAUUAUUGAUGUUCUGGAGGAUAUAUCAAAUAAUGAAAAUACUGGAAUAAAAAUGAUUAUUUCAUAUGC